GUCAUGGCCAAGUAUUGUACUGUCAUAAGUGGUGUACGAUGAGGUUCAUAAAUAGGUUAUUUUGCCUGCUUUUUGUAUUUGCCAGCGCAAACGCUGGUGGUCCGACUCUUGUCUUGUUGGACAAUCUCGCAAUUAAGGAAACACAUUCGAUAUUUUUCAAAACAUUACAGGACAGUGGCUAUGUAUUGACUUUCAAAUCAGCUGACGAUGCAAGUUUACAGCUCUCGAAGUAUGGUGAAUAUUUAUACGAACACUUAAUAAUAUUUGCACCCACAGUCGAAGAGUUUGGUGGUGCUUUGAGUGUGGAAGCGAUAACAGAAUUCAUUGAUGGUGGUGGAAAUGUUCUGAUUGCUGGCUCCUCGCAAUCUGGUGUUGCUUUGCAUGAAUUAGCUUCAGAAUGUGGUUUGGAAAUAGAUGAGGAAGGUUCCAGUGUAAUUGAUCACAUGAAUUACGAUGUUUCCGAUAACGGCCAACAUACCACUAUAGUAGCAGAUCCAUCUAAUCUGAUAGAUGCUCCAGUCAUUGUCGGAAGCAAAGACAUUCCUCCGUUACUCUACGAAGGAACUGGACUGAUUGCAGAUUCGGAUAAUCCAUUAAUUUUACGUCUCUUAUCAGCAUCCACCUCAGCAUAUACCUAUAAUCCAGACCAAGUAAUCAAAGAGUACCCACAUGGUGUUGGUAAAAACACUUUGUUGAUAGCUGCUUUACAGGCAAGGAAUAAUGCUCGAGUUUUGUUUUCGGGUUCAAUAUUUUUCUUCAGCGAUGAAGCAUUCACCAGUUCUAUUCAAAAGGGACAAGGUGGGCAGAGAUAUGAGAAAUCCGGUAAUCAGAUAGUAGCAAAAGCCAUGGCACAAUGGGUAUUUAAAGAAAAUGGUGUUAUACGCGUGUCGUCCGUUCACCAUCAUCGGGUUGGCGAAUCGCAGCCGCCGGCCGCGUACACAAUCAUGGACGAUGUAGUGUAUUCAAUUGAUGUCGAGCGACUGUCGGGCGGCAAGUGGGUACCCUAUGAGACGAACGAUCUGCAGCUGGAAUUCGUGCGGAUCGAUCCGUUUGUGCGUAUGACCAUGAAGCCGGUAGGAAACGGUCGUUACGAAGGCAGAUUCAAGAUCCCCGAUGUAUACGGGGUAUAUCAAUUCAAAGUAGACUACAAGCGCGUCGGAUUGACGCAUCUCUACAGCACCACUCAAGUGUCUGUACGUCCGCUGCAACAUACACAAUAUGAACGCUUUAUACCGAGUGCGUUUCCGUAUUAUAUAAGCGCGUUUUCCAUGAUGGGCGGCGUGUUUCUAUUUUCUCUCGUAUUUCUUCACUACAAAGAUGAGACAAAAUCCAAGUCUGAAUAAUUUGAAUGUCUCAAUGUUCGAGCAUAUUGUCAUCGUUUGUCUUCUUUCGAUAUUUGUUUUGAAAAAACAUAGUAUCACUUAUUUUUUUUUAACAUGAUACAUUCAAAGAUAAAUUCAUGACAAUGAAAAUUUUCGUAAUUGUAUUGAAAAAAUUACAUUUCAACAUGUUAAGAUUUUACUGUGCUUAUAAAAAACUAGCUAUUUUGAAAAAAAAAUCCAUGCAUUUACGUUUAUUCCAAUUUUUCUUUAAAGAAUAGAGCACUGUUUCCAUGUACAUAAGAUGCAUUGCAAUUGCAAGAUCUUUUGUAUGUAAUACUAAAAGUUCAUAAUAAUAGGAACAAAUAAACGUUAUCUGAUCACUUAA